AUGCUUCGCCCCGUUGGGCGCCGGGCGUGGGCAUGCCGCAAAUGUCUCCUGCGUAACCACUCCCAAGCCUUCGCAAGCGCUGCGUCUCCUGCUUCUCGAUCGCAGCCCGACUACGUCCCUGCCGAAAAUACUGCACCGAGAAAGCAUAUCGACGAUGAUACUUUGCGCCGCGUUUUCGACUCCCAGCCAUUUUGGAAAGAGUUCUCGCUCAAACGAAGCGCCGUGUCCCCCAAACGCGCCGGAUUGGUUCAGAAUCAAUACUUGACGAGCCCAGAUGGCUUCAGGGCUUUUGCCCAUGUGUCGCUCCACAAAUGCCAGGGCAUUGUGGCGAAUGUGUUACAGGCCUCGACUUUGGACGAAUAUCGAGGAAUAGCACGGAAUCUGGACAGACUCAGCGACCUCCUUUGCCGCGUGAUUGACCUUUCCGACUUUAUUCGAACCAUCCACCCCGAUCGAAAGAUCCAAGAAGCAGCGACGCAGGCGUACGCUCUAAUGUUUGAAUAUAUGAAUGUACUGAAUACAACCACGGGUCUUCAUGAGCAACUCGGUAGGGCUCUGGGAAACCCGGAAGUGACAUCACACUGGACAGACCCCGAGAAGAUCGUGGCACAGAUUCUAAUGAAGGACUUCACGAACUCGGCGAUCCAUAUGCCUCCAGAUGAAAGGCAGCGCUUUGUCAACCUUUCAAAUGAUGUCAGCCAGGUUGGCUCGGACUUCUUUGGAGGUGCUGAGCCAGCGAGGGCUCAAGUGACGUUCGGCGCAAACAGCCUUCAAGGACUGGAUCCUAUAGUGAUUCAGCAAAUCAAAAAAUGGAAUAAUAAGGCACCAGUUCCCACUAUGGGAAUCGUUCCCCGACUGGUCUUGCGAUCUGUACGGGACGAAGAAGUGCGGAAGGAGGUGUAUCUUGCUACCCGAACGUCAAGUUCCCGUCAGAUUCACCGGUUAGAGAAGCUGUUGAUGAAGCGAGCUGAGCUUGCUCAGCUCUCUGGCUUCAACAGCUUCGCUGACAUGACCUUGAGUGACAAAAUGGCCAAAAGCCCCGAAGCAGUUUCGAACUUUCUUACGUCGCUCAUCUCGAGCAACCAGGGUCUUGUCAGCGAGGAGCUGUCUCAUCUCCAGCAAAUGAAGGGCAGCACGCUGAAGCCAUGGGAUCACGCUUUUUAUGUUCACAAGCGUGUGAUGGAAUAUUCUCAGUCUCGUCGAUCACGCGAAUUGAGUGCUGUCCCUGAGUUCUUUUCACUGGGAACGGUUAUGCAAGGCCUUUCUCGCCUGUUUGAUCGUCUCUAUGGAGUUCGUCUCGUUCCCCAGGAGACGGCACCUGGAGAGACCUGGCAUCCCGAUGUCCGCCGCUUGGACGUUGUGGACGAGGCAGAGAACCACAUCGCCGUGAUUUACUGUGACCUGUUUACUCGCUCCAGCAAACUCCCUAAUCCUGCCCACUUCACACUGCGUUGCUCGCGCGAAAUUUCUGCCGACGAAGUUGCGGAAUGUGCUUCUCUGCACGAGUCUGCUCAUCCCAAUGACGGAAUGGCGACGGCAAUCGACCCCCAAACCAAGACUCUUCGUCAACUGCCGACAAUUGCUCUUGUAUGUGAUUUCCAAGAGCCUGUUGCAAACGGAUCAGGUCGCCCGACACUUCUGAGCGAACAGAGCGUGCGCACCUUGUUCCAUGAGAUGGGCCAUGCGGUUCAUUCGAUUCUCGGCCAGACGCCACUCCAGUCAAUCUCCGGAACUCGAUGCGCGACCGAUUUUGCAGAGCUUCCCUCGGUGCUUAUGGAGAGCUUUGCUACUGCUCCUGAAGUACUUUCAUUGUACGCCCGUCAUUGGAAGACCGGCGAGCCUCUAUCCGAAAACAUGAUGCGCAGUAUGGAGUUGGACCGAACUGCGCACGGAUCUAUCUAUGGUGCUGUCGAGAACGAGGCACAGAUCCUCAUGGCUCUUGUCGAUCAAGCCUACCAUUCCAUCCCCUCCGGCGAUGCCAUGAAGGGUAUUGACACCACCGAAAUCUACCACAAUGUUUUAUCUCGGUACUCUAGUCUGCCAGACCCCGAUGACGUUCGGCCCCGGACUUCAUGGCAAGGGUUCUUUGGUCAUCUUUAUGGCUACGGAGCGACAUACUACAGUUAUAUUUUCGAUCGCGCUAUUGCCAACAAGAUUUGGCAAGACGUGUUCCAAUCUGGUCAAGCAUCUGUGGACCGGGCUGCUGGCGAGCGCUACAAAAACGAAGUGCUUCGCUGGGGCGGCGGUAGAAAUGGCUGGCAAUGUGUCGCUGGAGUCCUGGGCGAACAGAAUCCUUCGAACGCCAACGGUCAUCUUGUUGAAGGUGGAGAUGAAGCCAUGCGCGAGGUCGGCCGAUGGGGGUUGGGUCGAGAUGGGGUGUCUGGCUAA